AUGCCCGAGUUAGGUGCCUUGAAAUCCCGUAGAGGCCAAUUAAAGGCCAAGCUAACAAGAUUUAUAAAUCACCUGUCAAAUGUUGACAAAAAUGUGGAAAUAAAUCGGACAGAAUUGAGGUGCCGUCGGGAAAAGAACGAGGAUGUUUGGCAAGAGUUUGAACAGGUACAAAGUGCAAUCGAGCUGUUACUGAAUGAUGAAGAAGAUGAAGAAACAACGAACUACCGCAUGGAAUUCGAGAAUGCAUAUUUUAAUGCCAUUUCAUUAUGCGAUGAUUUAAUGUAUGACAGAAAUAAUGAGCAAAUCGAAAGUCAAGGUAACACCGACGUUAUGCGUAAUAGUAACAUGCUUGUUCCGGCUCCACAGAUGACGGCAAGUAGUGGUGGGGGAUUUUGUUGCAAUAAUUCCAAUGCACCAAUACAACUAGCGGCGAUAAGUCUACCGACAUUUUCAGGUAUAUAUAGUGAAUGGCCUACAUAUUACGAUAUUUUUGGAGUAAUGGUACACAAAAAUGAUCGAAUAAGCGACAUUCAACGGUUUUUCCAUUUGCGCGCAUCGUUAUCGGGUGAAGCGGCUCAAGUCAUACAAGGCAUAGAGACGACCGCCGCCAAUUACAGUAUCGCUUGGGAAAGUUUGAUUGCCAGGUAUAACAAUAAAAAGGUGCUUAUUCAAUCACAUACUAGAGGCUUGUACGAAUUAUCAGUGAUAAACGAAGAAUCCAAACAAUUACGAAAAUUAAUUGAUAAAUUAAAUUGUCAUAUCAACGCUUUGGAGUCCUUGGGAGAAAAUCCUCGUGGGUGGGGAUCCAUGUUAAUUCAUUUAAUUACGAGCAAAUUAGAUAUUAGCACCAUAAAAGCAUGGGAAACAAUUGCACCGAAAGACGAAAUACCACCAAUUCAAGUACUGAUACAAUUUUUAGAAAAACGUUUUAAAAUAGUAGAAGCUGUUGAAUCGGUAUCACAAAUGAAUAUCAAAGAAAGCUCGGAUUCGAAGGGAAAUAAGAAAAUCAAUAAAGGUUAUCCCAAGGAGAAAACGUAUUAUUCAUUCGCGGCUACCGAUAUGACCAAAUGUUACAAUUGUAAUUUACCACAUACUAUUUAUAAGUGCCCUGCAUUCCUAGCAUUAUCAGUACCCGACAGAAUAAAUAAAGUAAAUGCACUAAAGUUGUGCAAAAUAUGUAUGCGUCCACACAAUGACAAAAAAUGUCUUGGUAAAAAAUGUUUCAAGUGCCAUAAAGCUCACAACACGAUGCUACAUUUAAAUGCGAGCAAAGACGGUGAAGAGAAUAAAAGUAAUACGAUGACAGCCGCGGGUAACGAUAAUAGUAACACAAGUCGUUCCGAUAACGAAAUCAUACCAGUCACAGCACACAGUACAGUCGCAGCGACGGCGGCUGCGCCGGAUAAACACGUUAUGUUAUCCACCGCCGUCAUAAAAGUAUAUGAUAAAAUGGGUAAUGCGAUACAUUGCCGUGCACUAUUGGACUCUGGAUCUCAAAACAAUUUUGUCACGAAAUAUAUGGCACAAACCCUUCAAUUAGGCCGAAACAAAAUAAAGAGCGAUGUCUCCGGUAUAGGUCAAUCAGUGCACACUAUAACGUCCGCGGUGACGGUGAAGAUAAGAUCCCGCACAAGCGAUUACGAAAAAACCAUAUCUUGCUUAAUAUUACCCAGAUUAACUAAUGACAUACCCGCACAGGUCAUUGACCCAAAACGUAUAAAUGUACCAGAUAAUAUUGUAUUGGCUGACAACGCAUACAAUAAGCCGCAAAAAAUUGAUAUGUUAUUAGGUAAUGAAUUGUUUUUCGACUUAAUGCGUCCAGGGCAAAUUAAAUCGAGCAGUGCCGGGCCAAUUAUACAAGAGACGAGGUUAGGAUGGAUAAUUGCUGGUCCUAUACCAAAAUGCAAGAAUAAUAUCGAUCGGGGAAAUAUUACGUUACUAAGCGAAAUCGUAGUAAAUAAUUUGGAGGAUCAAAUUUCGAAAUUUUGGCGCUUAGAAACUGUAUUAAAUGAUAAAACGAAUUAUACAAUGGAAGAGAAGGCUUGUCAAGCGUAUUUUAAUCAAACCGUUCGCCAAGGCGUAGACGGUAAAUUUAUUGUAAAAUUACCAUUUAAAACAGAAAUAAAAGAAAUAGGCAAUUCUUACCCGGCUGCGCUACGACGGUUUUUUUCAUUGGAAAAGCGAUUUAAAUUCAACCCUGUAUUAAAAUUAGAAUAUAGUAAAUUUAUGAAAGAAUAUAUUGAAUUAAAUCAUAUGGAUGUCGUCUUGGAAAACGAAGAAGAAAAAAUCGGUGUAAAUGACUAUUUUUUACCGCAUCAUGCCGUGAUAAAUACAAAUAGUACUACUACUAGACUGCGCGUGGUAUUUGAUGCGUCAUGCAAAACGGACAUAGGACUUAGUUUAAAUGAUGCGUUGUUAAAGGGUCCUACUAUACAGGAGGAAUUGAUUACUAUUUUGGCGCGUUUUAGAAAACAUAAAUUCGCGUUCUCCGCAGACGUAUCAAAAAUGUAUCGCCAAAUAUGGGUGGACCCGCAGCAGCGCAGCUAUCAAAAAAUUAUUUGGCGCGCAAAUCCCGAAGAGCCACUGCGUACCUAUAGAUUGAACACGGUAACGUACGGGACGGUUCCAGCUUCAUUUUUGGCGACCGGGUGUUUAGCUAAGUUAGCCGAAAAAGAAUACCACAUGUUUCCGGACGCCUGCGACGUUAUUAAAUCCGAUUUUUACAUGGACGACUAUUUGGGUGGUGCGGACACCAAAGAUAACGCGUUAAGGUUACGUAAUUCGUUAAUCGAAGUUAUGCUCCGGGGUGGUUUUCCACUAAGAAAAUGGAUGUCAAAUAGUUCCGAGCUACUCGCCGAUAUGCCCAAUAUAGGAAAUAAAUCAAUGACCAUAAUGGAGCUUGAAAAUAAAAUGACUAAAAUUUUAGGCUUAUUAUGGUGUCCGGAACGCGAUGUUUUUAAAUAUAAAAUUGAAAUAACAACGCUCAACGAUCUACCAGUUACCAAAAGAGAUAUAUUAUCACAAAUCGCUUCAUUAUUCGAUCCGCUAGGACUCGUUGGUCCUAUAGUAAUACGCGCAAAAAUAUUAAUGCAAAAAUUAUGGCAAUUACAAUGCGAUUGGGAUAAGCCUGUACCGAUUGUAAUUCAAAAAGAAUGGAAAAGUUAUGUAAGUUCUUUAAAUUAUUUACGUGAAUUAGAAAUACCUAGAUAUCUUGGUACCGAAACUGACUAUGAAAUACAAAUACAUGGCUUUGCCGACGCUAGCUUAUUAGCAUAUGGGGCAUGUUUAUACAUUCGUUGUUCGAGUAAUAAAAAUGUACACGUCACCAAACUUAUUUGCGCAAAAUCAAAAAUAGCACCGUUAAAAAUAAUAUCCCUACCUCGCCUGGAGCUAUGCGCUGCCGUAAUACUCGCGCGCUUAGCAAAUAAAGUCUUACCGAAAUUAAAAUUAAAUAUAAAAAAUAAAUAUUUUUGGACAGACUCGUCUAUAACAUUAGCUUGGAUCACUUCCCCGUCGUCAAAGUGGAAAACUUUCGUGGCUCACCGAGUAAGUGAAAUACAGGAUAUGACCAGGUUAAAUGAAUGGAAUCACGUGAGCACUCAAGACAAUCCAGCCGAUUUAAUAUCGCGCGGUUGCGGGGCCGAUCAAAUAAUAAAUAAUGAUUUAUGGUGGGAGGGCCCUCAUUGGCUCGCUGAUAAUUCCGAAAACUGGCCAAAAUCAAAGAUCAACGUUAACGCCGGUAUAAUACCGGAAGCAAAAGAAAAAAUCACUUUAUUGAUAGAACCCGUAAAUGAAAACUUAAUUAAAAAUUAUUCAUCGUGGAAUAAAUUAUUACGAGUGUUUGCUUAUUGUUUACGUUUUAUUAAAAUCCGUGUCAAAAAACUUGAAGUCAUUGGUCCUAUUCAACUCGAAGAACUACGAGCAGCUGAAAUUGCCGUUAUCAAAAUAACACAAUCAUACUACUGGUCAAGUGAAAUAAAUGGUUUAAUAAAUAAUUCCAUUCUGCCGAACAACAGUAAGUUGAGAAAUUUGCAACCUUUUUUAGAAAAUGGAAUUAUGAGAGUCGGUGGUCGAUUAAAAAAUGCUCUAUAUUUAGACCAAUUUCAACGUAGUCCUAUUUUAAUACCUCAAAAUAGCGCUAUUGCAAAUUUAAUAUUGCAAAAUGAACAUGAAAAAUUGAUGCACGCCGGUCCUCAAGCUAUGUUGGCCAAUACACGAUUGAAGUAUUGGAUAAUAGGCGGUCGAAAUACUGCAAGACAUAUUUUUCAUAAAUGUAUUAAAUGUUUUAGACUCCGACCUAUUAUAGUGGAACCUAUAAUGGGAAAUUUACCAGCGGAACGCCUAGAACCAUGUCGAGCUUUUAAAAAAUGCGGAGUGGAUUUCGCCGGUCCAAUCACAAUCAAAACCAGUUUGAGAAAAAAGGCAGCAGUGACUAAGGGCUACAUUUGCGUCUUCGUUUGUUUUAGUACUCGUGCUGUCCACAUAGAACUUGUAAGUGAUCUGACCAGCGAUGCAUUUUUGAACGCGUUAAAAAGAUUUAUUGGUCGUCGUGGUGUAUGCUCUGAUAUAUAUAGUGACAACGCCACUAAUUUCGUCGGCGCCAAUAAAAAGCUUUCAGAGCUUAAAUGUUUGUUCCAGUCAGCGACCCAUUUGGACAAAAUGUAUAAUGCGUUAGCAACAGAGGGUAUUAAUUGGCAUUUUAUCCCCCCCCGAUCUCCUCAUUUUGGUGGGUUAUGGGAGGCUUCUGUAAAAUCUAUAAAAACUCAUCUGUACCGGGUAUUGGGCGAAUCGCAUUUGACAUAUGAGGAAUUAAAUACUAUUUUAAUAAAGAUAGAAGCUGUCUUAAAUUCUCGCCCACUCACUCCUCUUUCCUCCGAUCCUAUGGACGCGACACCAUUAACACCAGCUCAUUUCCUUAUUGGUGAACCUACCUGUUCAGUACCUGAACCUGACUUGUCGUCUGUACCUGAUAACCGCUUGAAACGAUGGCAGCGCGUGACUCGACUUACGCAGUGUCUUUGGAAACGUUGGAAUGACGAAUACUUAUCCCAACUACAGACCCGAAAAAAAUGGUUGUCAAAUAAAGGUCCAAAUUUAAGCGUUGGUACUUUGGUACUAAUUAAGGAAGACAACAUAACUCCUUUGUCAUGGUCUCUUGGUCGUGUAGUACGUGUGCAGGCUGGAGCUGACGGGGUCGUUCGAGUGGCUACUGUUUUGAGCCGCGGGAAGGAGGUAAAAAGGUCUGUCAGAAAAUUAUGUCCUCUUCCGUUCGAAGGUAAUGUUUAG